GUGACGUACGCGGAAGUGUGCGGGCAGCAUCUGCAGCUAACAGCGGCUCAGGGCUAACUGCAGCAGCAGCUCCGCGCGGGGAGACGGACAGGUGAGGGACGGGGGACGGGCAAGACAGCUCACCUGUGGCAGUGUUUCUGCCCCUCAGUAUUGCCCCUCCUUGGAUGGAAGUGUGGAGCUCUGCGAUGGGACCGGAGAGAGUCUUGCCAAGCUCCGAGGACGAGCUGGGGGAGGAGGAGCGUCCCGCGGAGGGAGGGAUGCUGCCAGCAGGAGGCGUCGCGUGGCCUGGGGGGGAGGAGGGGGAGAACGGCGGAGGCAUGGAGGUGGAUGGAGAGGAAGAGGAGGAGGAGGAGGAAGAGGAGGAGGUGAACAGUGGAGGUUACUACUACCAGCCUCUGAACCAGGAGCCCAGUGAGGAGCAGCAGGAGGAGCCGUCGCACGCCGAGGCGCUGCAGGAGGUGCAACACAGGAUAGAGGUGAUGGGGCUGCACCUCCCUGAAGCUCCGCCCCCAGACAGCGACGACGAGGACGACUCCGAAGUGGCAGCGGCUCAGCAGAGUCGGGCGUCCAUUCCGAUGGACGCAGAUCACGUGGAGCUGGUGAAGAGGACGAUGGCGGCGGUAGCGCUGCCGUCUCUCGGCGUGCCGCCGUGGGCGCGGGAGAUCUCCGACGACCAGUGGAAGGACAUGGUGCAGCACACGCUGGAGAGCCGGCAGAGCGCGGCGGCGCUGCGCCUGCCGCGCCGCUCCAACGUCCCCUGAAGGCACCGCCGCAAGCUAACCGGGACUUGAACUCACCGUUUAUGACCCUGAACUCACCACGACCCCUUCACAUACCAAACAUCCGUCUGCUGACUCGUCCAACACCCUGAAUGUGGGCCGGAUUCACCCAUCCCGCGGGCCCAUUUCGGACCACGGGACCCAUGUUUGACACCCCUGUGUGCUGAGCUAAGCUACUGUGUCUGAGGAUCAAGAAAAAUUACAGUUACGCGUCACCAAAUUAGACACGCCUGAUGAAAAUUCUGCACCACAAAUGAUUGAAGUGGUAUUUCUCUCGUGGACCAACGUGCUCCGCUUGGACUGGACUUCUCACCUGUGUGGACGUGGACCAACCAGACUUCCUGCGAAAUUCAAGUGUUGCGAGAACGCGUGAAUGAUCAUGUGGCUUAGAAAGUUUCCCACGCUUCAGAAGAUUCCCGCCCGUGCGAGUUCGUCGACAGGCGGAGGAAGAACAUUGUUUACUCUCCACAUGAAUUGAUCGUUUGUUUUGUCAUCUAAUAAAGUCUCUCUGUAAAGGC